GAGCGUGUGCUAGCGUUUGAAAAGCGCGGCGAAAACAGGGCCAAUAAUGGCGUCCAAAUCGUAGGUUGUCGGGACUCUAUCAAGGGACUCUACUACUCAACUCGAGAAGCGGCAAAGCGCUGUGACAUCAAGAUCAAGGAGCGCGCCGGAGGGGAGGGAUGUGCGUGUGUGGCUCCGGACUUUGGAGGACUUUUCUGGUGGACCUGCAGCCUGCGGGGAGGACCUGAGGGAUGCAAUACACCUGUCUCCCAUCGGGGCAGCCAGAUUCGGAAGGCUACUCAACGACGCAGUAUGUGACACCCGAUCAAAAAACGACCCUCAGCCACGUCCCUCCACCCCGCCUGUGUACUUGAGGCUUGCCGCGAGACCAGCCAACUGCAGUGGGUGUGCUGGCAGGAGGCUGCAGGGUUGGACAGCAGGUGUGCUGGCAGGUGGCUGCAGGGCUGGACAGCAGGUGUGCUGGCAGGAAGCUGCAGGGCUGGACAGCAGGUGUGCUGGCAGGAGGCUGCAUGGAUGGACACCAGGUGUGCUGGCAGGAGGCUGCAGGGCUGGACAGGAGCAUGAGUGGCCAGGACAAGCAGGAGCAGACUGCUGCAGGGGGCAGGAGGGUCAGAGGUCAUCAGAUGAAGCAACUUGCUGCUGGCAACUCCAGGAACAAAGGAGAGAGGAAGUUUGUGUGUCUGGAGUGUGGAAAAGAAUUCACCACAAGGGGAGGCCUGAAAUAUCACACCCUUACACACACUGGUGUGAAGAACUAUGAAUGUAAGGAAUGUGGGAAAAAAUUCAUCCGGAAAGGUACACUUGAUACACACACCUUUACACACACAGGUGUAAAGAACUAUGAAUGUAAGGAAUGUGGGAAAAAAUUUAUCCAGAAGGGUACCCUUGAUACACACACCCUUACACACACUGGUGUAAAGAACUAUGAAUGUAAUGAAUGUGGGAAAAAAUUCAUCAAGAAGGAUACCCUUAAUAAACACACCCUUACUCACACUGGUGUAAAGAACUAUGAAUGUAAGGAAUGUGGGAAAAAAUUUAUCAAGAAAGGUACCCUUGAUACACACAUCCUUACACACACUGGUGUAAAGAACUAUGAAUGUAAGGAAUGUGGGAGAAAAUUCAGCUUGAAGAGUUACCUUGAUAGACACACUCUUAGACACACUGGUGUAAAGAACUAUGAAUGUAAGGAAUGUGGGAAAAAAUUUACUGCGAAAAGUACCCUUGAUACACACACCUUUUUACACACUGGUGUAAAGAAAUAUGAAUGUAAGGAAUGUGGGAAAAAAUUCAGCAUGAGGAGUUACCUAGAUCGACACACUCUUAGACACAUUGGUGUAAAAAACUAUGAAUGUAAGGAAUGUGGGAAAAAAUUUACUGAGAAAGGUGCCCUUGAUAAACACACCCUUACACACACAGGUGUAAAGAGCCAUGAGUGUGAAGAGUGCGGGAGAAGGUUCAGUGUGAAGCAGGCACUCAAUCGACAUGUCUUCAGGCACUAUGGCCUUAGAGAGUUCAAGUGUGAUGUUUGUGGCAAGCUCUUUAAGACAAAGAGAGACAUUGCCAGGCACAUGAAGACCCACUUCUGAAGUGUGUCUGCCUACACUAGGUAUAUAAGAUGACAAGUUGUGUCUAACACUGCUGCUGUAUGGCAUCAAAGUUGACUCAUGACCGGCCAGCAAACUUAUUUACAAGCUGGACCACACGUCUUUGAAUGAAGGCUCUCCUUUGCUGCGUGGCCACAGUCACUUUGCUUUCAAAUCCACCCUCAUGAGGAGAUGCCUGCACUCCUACUCUUGCAGGGACAGCACCAAGGAGCUGCUGUUACAAAGGCCUGACUUGUGAGAAAUCUCAAGUCACCUGUGACAUCAAGAUACGAUCACUGACUCCCUACAUCAGGUGUGCUGGCAGGAGGCUGCAGGGCUGGACAGCAGGUGUGCUGGCAGGAAGCUGCAGGGCUGGACAGCAGGUGUGCUGGCAGGAGGCUACAGGGCUGGACAGCAAGUGUGCUGGCAGGAGGCUACAGGGUUGAACAGCGGCAUGAAUGGCCAGGAUAAGCAAGAGCAGACUGCUGCAGGGGGCAGGAGGGUCAGUGGUCAUCAGAUGAAGCAACUUGCUGCUGGCAACUCCAGCAACAAAGGAGAGAGGAAGUUUGUGUGUCUGGAGUGUGGAAAAGAAUUCACCACAAGGGGAUGCUUUGACCAUCUUGGCACAACUUACAUAUGUAGUGCGGCGACGGCCUGAUGAACGAGCCUCCCAUAACCCACUUAACCAGUGGGGUACCUCUUUGGCUGACUCGGUAAGGAGUGGCUCUCCCGUCACGCUGGUCGCGGGUUCAAUCCCAGGCAGCCGUUGAAUACCCUAACUCUUGAUUAAUUUCUCAUGUUAUUUCGAUACACGCAGAGGCCGUGUUGAGAAAUAGGAAGGAUAGAAAAUAAGCUCGUCAGGGCAUUACAGUGGUGGCAUAGCGGUGGGCAUCCUCUCCUGUUCUGUUGAGCUUCCCCGAAGGGGUAACAGGUAGGAUGGCCCAUGCUCCGAGGGUAAUAGAAAAUGGGAGAGUUGGAGGUAUGUCUCAAAGGGACAUUGUGGAGUUAUGUCUCAAAGGGACAUUGUCAACACACAGAAAUUAAUCUACAUAGGGGGGAAAGCCGUGUAGUGCGGCCUGACCUGAUGAACGAGCCUCCCAUAACCCACUUAACCAGUGGGGUACCUCUUUGGCUGACUCGGUAAGGAGUGGCUCUCCCGUCACGCUGGUCGCGGGUUCAAUCCCAGGCAGCCGUUGAAUACCCUAACUCUUGAUUAAUUUCUCGUGUUAUUUCAAUACACGCAGAGGCCGUGUUGAGAAAUAGGAAGGAUAGAAAAUAAGCUCGUCGGGGCAUUACACAUACAGCUUCAUGGACCAAAUGAUGACCCUUUGUGUUGUACUCUGGCAUUCCAGAAAAAUAACAAUCACAUUUUCA